GAACAAUUAUUUUGCACCGACGGGGACGGGCAGGCCAUACUUACGCGUUGUCUGCAGCCAAACUCCACAGAAGAUCUCACCCUUGCACACAGUGACACACGCCAUUACCAUUCCAUUCUGAUUCCGAUCUAUACAUCAAAAUCUAUACGUGUAUAUAAUAAAUAUAUAUAUGUAUAUUAGUGAUACACAUUUAUAUGAAUAGGCUUUGAAUCCGGAGCUUGAAUCGUUGUAUUGAAAUGGCGACUGUUCAUCAUCGUCGUCGUCUAUCCACUGCAUUUUCUGCGGUCCUCUUCUUGCCCUUGCUCUUAAACGCCGUCGUUCACUGCAAAACUCUCAAACGAGACGUGAAAGCCUUGAAUGAAAUUAAGGCGUCUUUGGGAUGGAGGGUGGUUUAUUCGUGGGUUGGAGAUGACCCUUGUGGAGAUGGUGGUUUACCUCCGUGGUCUGGAGUUACAUGUUCCACUCAGGGAGACUAUAGAGUAGUUACGGAAUUGGAAGUUUAUGCGGUGUCAAUAGUUGGGACUUUUCCUGUUGCGGUGACCAAUCUAUUGGAUCUUACUAGGCUGGAUCUCCAUAACAACAAGUUGACCGGACCAAUUCCUCCUCAAAUUGGGCGUUUGAAGCGUCUUAAAAUUCUUAAUUUGAGGUGGAAUAAGCUACAAGAUGCCAUUCCUCCUGAAAUAGGUGAACUAAAGAGCCUAACACAUUUAUACUUGAGUUUCAAUAAUUUCAAAGGAGAAAUCCCCAAAGACCUAGCUAGUCUUCCAGAGCUACGUUACCUCUAUCUGCACGAAAAUCGUUUUACUGGGCGAAUUCCACCUGAACUGGGCACUCUACAACAUCUUCGACACCUGGAUGUUGGUAACAAUCAUUUGGUAGGAACCAUAAGGGAAUUAAUACGUAUUGAGGGAUGUUUUCCAUCUCUUCGUAACCUAUACCUGAAUAAUAACCAUCUUACUGGUGGGAUCCCAGCACAGCUAGCAAACUUGUCAAAUUUGGAAAUUUUGCAUUUAUCACACAACAAAAUGUCUGGUAUUAUACCAUUUGGACCUGCUCAUAUUCCCAGACUGACUUACUUGUACCUGGAUCACAAUCAAUUUAGCGGGAGAAUCCCCGAUGCUUUCUAUAGGCAUCCUUUCUUGAAAGAAAUGUAUAUUGAAGGAAAUGCUUUCCGUCCAGGAGUGAAACCAAUUGGUAUCCACAAGGUCCUUGAGGUUUCCGACACAGAGUUCCUGUUUUAAGUCAAAGCAUCCACUCAUUCUUUCCCUGUAGUAGAAUUAUUGCUUCGCUAAGCUAGCGAUCGGCUGACAAUCUGAUAAAAUUUUGUUCAUUGUAUUAUCCCUAGACAAGAAUUGAUCACUUUGGAGUUCUAUUUCUAAAGCUUACAAAGAAUUUGUUUGUAAUGUGUAUAGUUUUAAGUUACAAUGCAUAGCAGGCAUGGUUCCCAUUCUCGUCAAUCUCAUGUCUUGCAGCUAUUGUGUUUGGCUGGAUGAUUGAAUAUUCAUAUAACUAAUAAAACAUCCCAUCAUUCACAUUGCUGGUA